GCAACUGGCAGAAUGCGUAGUCACACGGCAGACCGCGAACGUAGAGUACUGUCAUUGGCGGGCAAAUAGACGCGCGAAAAUACUGGCCGCUAACAGCCAUGCGCGGAAAAAUAAUACCAUAAUUAAAAAGUAAAACAUAAAUCGCGCAGCGUUGCUGGCUGUAUGGCACUGAAACCUUUGCCUAAAAAAGCAACUGUCAAAUUUCGGCGGCAAUAUUUGAUGUGCAAUUAUUUUUGUGAUUAGUUUUUAGUUGAAAAUGUGAAGUUAGAUUAGAAUUUAAAUUGUGAUAAUGCAUUGGAAAGAGGUAUUUGUUGUUGCAUCGCUGACUGUGCUUUUGGAUGCCACCAGUGAGCAGUUAUUUGGGGAUGAUGAGCACUCUAAUCGAGUUUUGGAGCAUUUGACUGAUGCAGAAAAGUUAUUUCUGUUUGGAGCUAUCGACAAAACACCCCAGUUUGAAAUAGCGCAUCUAAAGCAUCCACGGCGACGGAAGCGGUCAAUCUAUAACCGCCAACCAAAUCAAGAUCUAGAACUCAUCAAGAAGAUCCUAGAUCUAAAACUAAGUCCUAGAAACACCUUCCUAGACCCCCAGUUCCUAGUAGUGAGACGAUGGGCCAACAACACGGAGCCUGUUGUAGACCAUUCUGAUGAUGAAGUGGAUUCGUGUUAUUAUAGGAGUCAAAACGCCGCACUUUAUGUUUGCAAUGAUGUGAGAGGAGUCAUAAAAGCUGAUAAUGACAGCCAUUACUUCAUACAUCCUUUACCAGAAAGGUUUCACAACGAUGAUGGAAAGCACCACGUUAUAGUCAAAAGAUCUCCAACUGAUCGAAAUAACAAUGAUCAGUCGAAUCAAGAAAACACAUGUGUAGAAAGUACAGAUUUAGACAAAUUCAAUAACAACCCAUCUCAAAUUUGGACAAAACACAGGCGGAAAAGAGAAGCGAGACAAAGCACAAUAGAAAGUGAAAGAAAUAGUUUAGAGAAACUUAAACUAGACUUAGCUCAUAGGAAUAGAACAAUUAGUACAUUUAUUAACAAAUUAGAUUCAAUACAAAACAGGCAAAGAAGAGCCGUUUUACCGGCGAUAUUCGUCGAAACAGCUGUAUUUGUCGACAGAGACUUGUACAAGCACAUGACUGUAAACUUUCCCAAAGACACUGAGAGAGAACUGAUAAGAUUCGUCCUGGCAAUGAUAAACGCUGUGCAAUUGCUGUACCACGACUCAUCGUUGGGGAGACCAGUGAAUUUCAUCCUUAAGAGACUGGAGAUCCUUCACGAAGACCCGGCUAAUUUGAAGAGACCUCACGACAUUGACAGGUUCCUGAGUAACUUCUGUACAUGGCAAAGGCUGGAGAAUCCUCCGGGUGAUACCGAUCCCUUGCAUUGGGACCACGCGCUCAUUUUGACAGGGUUGGAUCUGUAUGUUGUGAGCAAGAACGGCAAAGUGAGCAGCCAAGUUGUUGGGUUGGCACCAGUAGCCGGGAUGUGUACAGUGACCAGCAGCUGCACGGUGAACGAGGGGAGACACUUCGAGAGCGUCUAUGUGGUCGCUCAUGAAAUCGGACACAACCUAGGAAUGCGGCACGACGGCCCGCUGGCAGACAACGGCUGCGACCCGAGCGCCUACAUCAUGAGCCCCACGCUCGGCAGCGGCAAGAUCACCUGGUCGCAGUGCAGCCGCACCUACCUGCAGAAAUUUCUCGACACAAUCCAGUCCCGAUGCCUGCUAGACCACGGCAACUCGGCGGGACAGCUGGACCACAGCGCGGAGGGCAUUCUGCCCGGAGAGCGGUUUGAUGCGGACCAGCAGUGCAUGUUAAAAUACGGGCGCGGCAGUCGUCACUCCGCAUCUCAGAGCCUGGAGGACAUCUGCCGGGACCUGCACUGCCAGCGGGAGCGCCACACCUGGACCUCGCACCCCGCGCUCGAGGGGACCAAGUGUGGACACGAUAUGUACUGCCGCGGCGGUGAAUGCGUGGAGCGCUACGGCACCUCAACCCCCUUGGGCUCGUGGGGCCGCUGGGGCGGAUGGUCCGAAUGCGCCUCGUCGUGUCUGCUAGAUGAGAGACAUAGUGCUGCAGCUAGUGGGAUUGCUGUCGCUACCAGACGGUGUAACCGAUUUAGACACGACAGUGGCAGUAGCUACUGUUCCGGCUACGACAAGAAAUAUCAGACGUGUAAUGCUCAACAGUGCAACAACGUGCCAAGACUGACAGUACGUGAGUUUGCGGAUCAAAUCUGCAGAAGGGCGAGGGAAGUGGACCCUGACCUAAUAGGGACUGGCUUGCAGAGAAUGGAUUCUGAUGACGUAUCGUCAUCGUGCGCGGUGUGGUGCGACACGCGCGGCGGCGGCUACAAGUCCCGCGGCUGGACGCUGCCCGACGGCGCGCGCUGCUCCCGCCACGCGCCCCAGUACUGCAUAGCCGGCUCCUGCCAGGUCAGUGUCUACACGGUACGCUACAAGUCCCGCGGCUGGACGCUGCCCGAUGGCGCGCGCUGCUCCCGCCACGCGCCCCAGUACUGCAUAGCCGGCUCCUGCCAGGUCAGUGUCUAUACGGUACGCUACAAGUCCCGCGGCUGGACGCUGCCCGAUGGCGCGCGCUGCUCCCGCCACGCGCCCCAGUACUGCAUAGCCGGCUCCUGCCAGAAAUUCUCAUGCUCUCCCCACGCCGACUCCCAAUUCUCCCUGACGCCGAGCGAGUGCGAGUGGGAGGCCCUGCAGCUGCAGACAGCUACGCCGCAUACCUCCACAAAAUCCUCCGGCACGUGGCGUCGCGCGGUCGGCUCCCAGUGGCGGGCUGUCAGCGGCUGCCACUACCACUGCGUCAGCGGCGGCAGCGGCGUGCGGCUGGUCCGGGCCGCCGGCAAGCAGUCUACUAGCAUACAGCUGUGCCGCCCCGACACGCCUAGCGCUAGACUGGGCUGUUCGCAAAGGAAGACACCAUACCAGUACGCUACGAUGGUCUGCACCAAAUACAAGGAAAGAGUCAGAAGAUUGUCCGGACUUGGCAUGCAGAUAUCACCGGCUUUAGAGGACCCAGACCGCCCCUGCCGAGUGGCCUGCCAGGACGCGGGCGUGUCGCACCGGUUCUACCUGGUGCACGGGCAGGAGGGCUGGUUCCCGCUCGGGACGCCGUGCGGCGGCGGCAACGCCAGCUACUGCGUCAGCGGGAAGUGCUUGGAAUUCGGCCCAGACAACACACCGCUCUCCGAGAUGGUGUUCACGCUGCCCCUGCUGAACCGCACCACCCACUCGGCCGUCAGACGACACUCGUCGCGACACCGGCGCAGCUUGCAACGAGAGAAAGUGGUGGUCACAGCCACGCUUAAACAGAGCCACCUGGACCAUAUUAUUAAGCAUUUGAACUUUACAGAAAACAAAAACGAGCCGAUAACAUACUUCGAACACAUACCGGAGCAUAUCGAAGUGGAUUUCAACAACCCAAUACACAUCGCUCCAGAAGAGAGUAUGUUCGGCAAAAUACCAAAACCGAGGUGGGACCGGCAAGUUGGGACCUUGUCACAAUACACACACGUGUAGAUAAUACAAGUGAUUUAUUGAAGUGACUUAGAGAAACUUUAGUGUGAAAUGGUGUCGAGUGUAAUAAAUAAUUGACUGAGGUGCUAAAGUGAAUGAAUUUUGAAGCGUUCAUUCGAAGACUGGCCUUUUUGUAAGUUGUCUGUACUUUUUGUUAAUGUUCAAAAACUCUAUUUACCUCAACUUUUUAUAUAAAUUUGUUAUGUAGGCAUGUAAUAAAUUAAUUAUCUUGAUUUUAUAAUUGUUUUAAAGUACAACCUAAAACUGGUGUUAUUAUUUUGUGUUCAAAACAACUUGUACCUUUUACCUCAAUUUUAUCACUGCCUGUAUUCUUUAAGUAUUCCUAAUGAAAUGAUUUUGUGGUAUA